UCUCUUUACUCUGAGGUUGUGUGGACCACUUUUGCUGCCUGUAUAUGUUCCUGCUGGAGUAAAGACGAAAGAAGACCGACAGCAUAAAGCAGUAGACUGAUCAACAUAGCGUUAUCAUGUACAUUUUCAGCUUCCUACUGGUGCUAGUGUGUCUACAGGUUUGCAUCCCUUUUGUUUUUGGUGCACCCACUCAAUGCCCAAGCCAGUGCCACUGCCAUGGGGACCUGCAACAUGUUAUCUGUGACAACGUUGGGCUGAAGAAAAUCCCCCACAUAUCCGAGGCCACUCUUCUUCUAAACCUGCAGCGCAACAACCUGGGAAAUCUCCCAACCGGGAGCUUCAGCGAGAUGAAGGGGCUCAUUUCUCUGCACCUGCAGCACUGUCAGAUCCGAGAGAUCUCCAGCAAGGCUUUCAAAGGACUGAAGAAGCUCAUCUACCUCUACUUGUCUAACAAUGAGAUCACCAACAUCAAACCAGGCGCUUUUGAUGACCUGACCGAACUGACCUAUCUCUACUUGGACGGUAACCAAAUUACGAGCCUUCCAAAGGGCAUCUUUUCUCCCAUGAUCAACCUGUUUAUUCUGCAGCUUGACAACAACAAGCUUCGAGAGCUGCAGCCUGGUACUUUCACAGGUGCUAGCGAUCUUCGAUGGCUUUAUAUGAGUGGCAAUGAGUUGAGCUCCAUACAGCCUGGUUCUUUUGAUGAAGUGGAGAACCUGGCCAUUCUAACUCUGGACUGUAACAAGCUGUCCACCUACCCUCUUCUGGCUAUGAGCAAGCUGCGUGUCGUGGAGGAACUCAACUUGUCCAAAAACCCUCUCAGACUCAUGCCUGACCACGCUUUCCGGAGCUUUGGCCGUUAUAUGGAGAAGCUCCAUCUAAAUGACAUGAGCUUGGAGAAGUUCUCUGGUGCUGCCUUUGAGGGAGUGACAGCUCUCAAAUCUUUGCAUCUUGAGAACAACAAGCUAAAAUCACUACCGAGCAGCCUUGAGUUCAGUACCCUCCAGAACGUCACUCUGUUUAACAACCCCUGGAGCUGCACCUGCCAGCUAGCAAACCUCAGAAAAUGGAUGGACACGAGUCGCCAUCACCCUGAUGCAGUUUGCGCUUCCCCAGGAAUACAGAAAGGAAAGCAAAUAAGAAACAGCACUGCUUUCAGUCGCUGCACGGCAAAGACAAAGAGGGCCAGAAAGGGAGGACGGCUUUGAGAUGGAGGACAGGGAGAAGAGGCCUGUCCAGGUGUCAGGACUUCAAUGUGCAGAAAAGAAAAGCAAUGCAGACUGCUACACUGGGACUGUCCAUUUCCUCUUUCACUCAUUUUUUGUGUGACAUAUAGAUGCGCUGACUCGAUUCAUACUAAAUAACAUGAAUAGCAUAAAUAUGUGUUCACAGACAUCUUGAAGGAGCCUUGAAGGAGCAACUGUGCGAGUUUGCAAAGAGAGUUUUUUAACAAACAUGUACACAGCAAAGGAAAUACAUCUCAAACUCUAAUGGUAUUUUUUUUUAUGAUAACUCAAACAACCUGGUGAUAAAUUCAACACUAUCACAGAACUAGUUUCUACACCCCAUGAGUACUCUUCUCCAUAAAAUGAGAAUUGUAGACUAGAUUUGCAUUGAUUAUCAUUUACUUAGAGACUCAGCAGUACCUUACUGAAGUAUAAAUGAGCACAGUUAAUUUUUUAACCCUUUUUGAGUAAAUCAAACCAAAUGGCCACUGUAGAAUGAAUCUAUUCUAGGAUUCUAAUUUUAUGGUCUUCCUCGACAUACAGCACUUAAAAUUAUAUAACCAAAGAGUUAUGAUCACAACAGAGCUCUUCAUGAGGAUCCUCUUUCAACAUUUUAAGUUCAUCCUUAGUUUUACACAUUCAAGAUGUGACAUGACCUGACCGCUUCUUUACAUCUCUGACCAAAGUCAAACGCAACACAAGCCAGGAAAAUAUGGACUCGUAAAUGAGAUAGUGUAAAGACUAUGUAACAAAUAAAACAGCUAGUCAUUAUCACACAAUAAAUCCAUAUGGGAUGAUCAGGAUUGGUUGCCAAAUAUACAUUAGCCAUUAAGAAUGCUGCGCCUGACCAAUCAAUAUCAAGAAAUGACAAAUGAUGGUGGUGCCAGAAGAAGAGGAUUUACAAAGAGCAGGUAAAAUGAAAAAAUUGAGACAAAUGGAGGUUCUCCAGUCUAAUGUUAUCAAUUUGUUACUGUGAUGUACUCAUGCUCAAUAAAAGACAUUUAAAGCAC